AAUGAAAAUAAUGCCAAAGGGCAAUUACAAAUCUGCUGAUUUCACAAGUUAACUUAAAACAUGAUUUUUAUCCCCAAAAUAUUUUAGCAUCCAUGAUUUCUAAAACUUCUCAUCUACAAAUGACAAUAAAAAUGGCUAAAAAAAAAAAACUUCAGACUGCUAACUCUAACAAGUCGGAAGCUAACUUCAAUAUACAUUCAGCAUAUAGUUAUUGCUUUAUUUUCAGCUGCUCUGCCACGAAAGUAACCGGCUCCAACUUGAAGGGAGCGAACCCGACAGGAAUCCUCACAUAAUGGAGAAGUUGUCAUCGGAUGAUUCGAAUCGAAAAGUCCACGGCCUCUCACACGGUGGCAAGAUAAUCCUAUUCGCCUGCAAACGUGAUCCAGCCGUGAAUGUAAGCGAAAGAGGCGGCCUGACGUUCCGCAGUUUCUACUUUGAACGUGAAGGCAACGCGUUCCUGAAUGCAACAGAGGGAGCAACUGCAAUCAGUAGGAAACUGUCAGCUCAUGUGGACAUUGUGACGUGUAAAUGCGCAGUAGAUGUUCAGAAAAGGGUUAAAACUGCGUUCGUUUUGGUGACAAAGAAGAGUGAGAAGGGAGGCAGCUUUAAGUACAGCCUACUGGCACUAAGAAGCUCACACCGGCUGGAGCCCUGCAUUGAGUUCAAGCUCCCCUACCAAAUGAAGGGUAAGGUGUGCAUCCUUCAGGGUCCCACAGUGCUGUGGAGCCAUGACAACAGUGUGUCUUAUACAUCCCCUCUGGCAGAAGGCGUGCAAAAAAUCCCCAUUCAAAUGUCAAAAUGUCUUUUUGGAGAACUUCCCAUCCAGAAAGGGCAGCUUUUUGCUCUUGGACUUUCAGAACCACUUCUAGCUAAUCAUUCCCCUACACUUGGCUAUUUGUUUGAGGGUGGACACGCGUUUGAUGGCUCUCUGAUUUUACCACAUCCCUACAUUUCCAUCACACAGUGCAUGCGGGUUCUCACUGCUGACAGAGUAGAUGACGUGCUGAGAUGUUCUGUUAUUGCUGCAACUUCAAGUAAGCAGCUUGUGCUUUUUGAAAACGGGACUGUAAAAGACACAUGCGAGGUUCCCUUUGGGCAGGUGGAAGACAUUCAGAUGGUUGACACAGGAAGAAACGGAUGUCUGUUUGUUGUAUCCUUUAAACAGGGCCAUGUUUGUGCUGUAUGGAAGGAAACAUUUCAGAUAGCCUCCUGUUGGUCAGAUGUCGACUCCACACAUGUGGAUGAUUUCCUUGGAUGUGGAACAGAACAGAUUCUGUUGAUCUUUAGAAAUAAAGGAAUAUCCAGCGGGCCACUGGAAAAAUUUCUCAUCACUGACCUUUGUGGUAUUUCUUACUCUUGUGGUCAAGGCUCUGAAGUACCGAAGGCAAGUCCACCUCCUCAGGAAAACUCACUUCUCACUCUUCAGGCUUUGGAAUCCAGAUUACAGAGUGGAUUGAUUGUCCUUCAAGAGCUUGAAAGAGAAGUGAGAGUGAAGGACAGAGUUCUACAACAAUCAAUCCAAGUCCUCACUGAUGUGCUUUCAGGAAGGGAGACUGUUCUCAGCCAGCCGGAGCAGGAAGGCCUUGUUGCCCUGUGGGACAGUGAUGAAGAGUCCAAUGAUGAGACUCUGGAUGACAAGUCGCAUGAAUCGCCAGCGCUGUCUUCCAGACCUAAAAUUGACAAGCUGUGGCAUCGCAUCACUGAGGAGCAGCUGGUUGUUGGACUGAUACUAACCGCUGACAGUGGCAUACCAGCGAGCGGUGUGAGCUUAUCCCUCCUGACAGAGCCGGGCCAGAACUCGACGCCUGCAGUAAUCCAGACCCGGAGCCAAGUGUUCUGGCUGCCUGCGUGCGGCCCCUCGACACCAACACUCUCCUCCCCAUCGUCUGGCUUUACGUUCUCUGAGCCCGCAGCCAAAAGAAGCAGGCAGCACAUCGCCAGCGACGAUUUCAGUGGAUGCAGACUGGCUGUGACUGCAGUGACCAAGCUGGCACCUCUUCUGACCUCUGGCUGUGUCAAGUGCCAUGCCAUGCUUCAUUACGUGGAGAAAGCGGAGGCUGUUUUCCCUGGGAGCAGCCCAACAACAGCUGUACUCCAUUGUGGGGAAGUUUCAUUAGACAUUCAUGAUCUUUGCCAGAAGCCGCUUCUGCAAAACCCUCAAAUAAAAACAGAUGAGGUUAGAGAAGACCUUCUGAGUCUGUUGACAGUUCUGGAUAAUUGGGUUUUGCGCAUAGACUCUCCAGAUUAUAGCCUAGGUGACAUAGAUGGCUGGAUCAAGAGGAGAGAGGGUUUUAAAAAGAUAAACGUGAGUCCUGAAUAUCUACUUUUAGAUUCUCCAGGAUCUUCAGCUCCAAUGCUGCUGCGCUGGCAUCAGAUAAACCCUUUCCAAGGGGAUUUAUCCAUCCACAGCAGCCAAUUACAAAUGCUCCAGUUCUUGGACUCCAUGCUGUCGUACCUCCCUGAUUCCUGCUUCCUCCAACCUGUCAAGCGCGCAAGAAGUCAGAGCACGGCUCAAAAAUUAGCUUCUGCUCUAGAGAAAGAGGUGCUGUCACUCAGAGAGGGCUUAUCCUCACUUCUGUGUGUCAAAGAUGAAGAAGAGAGAAACAAGGGGCACACUGAACAUUGUGAAAUCCCUGACUCUGGUUCUGCUGAGGAUCUCAUUAGGUGUUGUAGGGAGGUGUGGCAGCAGAACGUGGAGAAGAGCCGGUUGAGGCUGAACCCCGUGGUGGAUGCCGGGAGGUAUCGUGAGAUGAUCCAAAGUAUUUCACAAGUCAAGAUGGAAUCAGAUUUGGCCGCUCUGCGUCAGCUGUAUCAAUCAUAGAGACGGUUUCCUGUUGUUGCCCUUUUGUCCACUUCAAAACCCCAACUCUAAUAAACACAGAUAUAACAGAUUUUUUUGUGCUUGGACUGGUCAUUAAAAAAGGAGAUGAUGCUUCAGAGCUACUGUGAAUCUUCACUGAUAUCUUGACUACUUGACUUGUGUGAUAAGCUCCAAGUCUUUAAGGUUGGAAAGCCUCCAUGCCAUCACCCUAAUCUUCUGCUCUCUCCUCUGAUUCUUAAGUUGGGACCCUGGCUGAACCACUCCAGAAUGUUAAUGUCAAUCCAGUUGGGAAAAAAACAAACGUGUUGGUAAAAAGG